AUGGUUGACACUCAGAAGUUCGAUAACAUCAAAAUGCAUCAUGGAGAAACAAUUAACAAAUUCGAAGAACGCUUCACCAACAUCAUAAAUGAACUUGCCAUUUUGGGAAAGGUCUAUGGGAACAAGGAAAUCAUAGUCAAGGCAUUGAGGGCUCUUCUUAGUGCUUGGGAGGUUAAGACAACCGUGAUGAGGGAAUCUAGAAACCUCCACAAGAUGCAUCUGCAUGACUUGUUCGACGAUUUAAAAAACUAUGAGUUCGAGAUGAAUUCAAGAAAUGAAGAUGAUCCAUCAUCUUCGAACGUAACCAGGGAAUUAGUGUCAUCUGUGGAGCCAGCGUUCCCCGAACCCAUCAAGUCAGCUGAGCGGUUCCGUAAAGAUGCAAUGACCUUACUCGUCAAGAAGUUUGGCAGAUUCAUGAAGAAGAAUCAUUCCAACUCAUCCUACCACCACAAAAACAACCUUAAUGAUUACAAGGCUAACAUUCAUUGUUUUAAUUGUGAUACUUUAGGUCACUACAAGUUAGAAUGUCAGAAGCCAAGGAGAGACGACAAUAAAGCAAUGCUGGAAGAGGAAAGAAAAAGCAAGUGGGCCCAAAGUGAUUCGUAUAGUAAUAAUGAAGAAAUUAAAUGCUUCAUGGCCAAUGAUGAAGAGGUAUUUGACUUUGCCUCUGAAGAGUUCACUAGAGUCGACUUGAUUACUGCACUCAAUGACAUGGUCAUUGAGUGCAAGAAACUAUAUGUUCUCGCCUCAACACAACUAGAUAACACGACUGGUAAAACGAAUGAACUAUCUUAUGAGAAUAAAAAGCUCAAGGAGACAGUUCAACUAUUGACCAAGGAAAAAGAGAAAACCAACUAUUUGAUUGUUGCAUGGACUAAGUCUAGGGAUGCGGUUAACCAAAUGAUGAGUCAUCAAAGGCCUGCUAACUGUAAAUUUGGACUAGGCUAUGACAACAGCAACCUAGACAAGUCAUGCAAGGAGUUGAAACCCAAGAAAGGCAAACUUCCUUCCAUAAGUUUUGUCAAUGGUACUUCAACCAACACUCAAACAAGUCACGGUGCAGAUGAAUCAGUAACUAAAAAGGAACUAAAAUAUGUGGAGCAAAUCGACAAGUCACGGUGGCUUAGUCUUGAGAGAAUGAAAGUCAGUCGGUCGACUGGACAUGAACAUGAUGGGAAGUCAAAGAGGUAUCAUCAUAACUCAUCCUCAAAAUAUUCUGACUCAUCGAAAGGCAGACAGAGAGAUGUCAAGCCUUAUGCAUGUCGAAUUAUUAAGACUAACACUAGGAGAUUCAUCAGAAUAUUACAAGUAUGGAUCCUUAAAGGACUGAUUAACCGUGGACCCAAUUAA